UGCCCCCCACUGCUGCCACCGAGCCCCCCCUCAGGACCCUCCCACUGCUCCCCCCUGAGUCCCCCCAGGACCUUCCCCAAUGCCCCCCCACUGCUCUCCUGCCCCUCCCCCUCAGGACCCCCCACUGCUCCCUGCCCCUCCCCCCCUCAGCAGCACCCUCCCCCACUGCCUCCUCAGGACCUCCCCACUGCUCCUCCACCCCAAACCCCCUCAGGAGCCCCCCCCAAGACUCCCCACUGCUCCCUGCCCUGCCCCCCAGGGCCCCCCCACUGCUCCCGAGCCCCCUCCAGGACCCCCUUGGCUGCUCCCCCACCCGAGUCCCCCGGCUGCUCCCUGCCCCCUGCUUAGGACCCCUCCCCAGCUGCUCCACCACCCGGAGCCCCCUCAGGAGCACGUCCUCCCCGGGUUGCUGCAGCCAGGCUGAGCACCCGCGGUGUCACUCAAAAGGACCCGAGUUGCCUGUAGGAGGAGACAAGGGAAGGGGCUGGGGGUCCCACACAGAAAGUGACCGAGACCUCGGGCUUGCAGGCUCUGAGCAGGCGCAGCAGCGGCCCAGAGCUGAAGGACCAUAGGUGUCCCCUGCCCAGACUCGGCCUUCCUUGCCAGGAGAUGCCCUGGCCCCAGUGGCAGUGGGUGGAGGUUUCCUCCAGGCAUGGAAGUGGCCCAAGCACUGGGAGCUCACCUCUGUGUCACCCACUGCUGGCUUUCCUUUGCCAGGAGCCACCCCCUAUGGCAAGGGCUGGAUAUGCGUACAGAGAAGUCUCACCUGGUCCCUUACUAGAUGCAGCCCCCUCUGGCCUGCAACCUGGAGGCUUUUUGCCUUAGACAAGCAAUGCUACCAAGCCAACUAGGACAGGGAGCGGAGACUUAUCCUCUCUUAGAGAAGCAGCAGGAUAAAUUUAGAUGGGCAGAAAGUCAUUAUCCAAAAUAGACUCUCUCCUCCAGGGAGCUGUGGUGGCCAGAGCUCGGCAGGAGCUCUGUUUUGCAUCUGAUGUUGAAAAUGGCAUCGUAUCCGCCGGCAACACCGCAGCCUACUCAAGCCUGGGCCUUGAUUCACUGUAGAUUUGGAGGGAGGAAAACAAGCCAUUAAGUCUCUAAACUGGCUUCCCGAAUGUGCAACUUAACCAAUGCCCAAGGAGAAGACAAGAGAACAGCUGGGCCUGAGGCUGUGGAGGGCUCAGAGCGGGAGUGCUAUAUUCUGUGCAAGACCAACACGGCUACAACUUAAACCCCUGCAACAUGGAAGAUAUGUAAUUCAGCCGACUGAAAUGGAAACUACAACAUGAAAAAGAAAGAAGCCAAACUCAACAGCAACAUAUAUUUUCUAAGCCUUUGCAAGAAACACAACUUCAUUCCCCGAGGACUAAACAUCUACAAUCCCCUGACUACUACACACAUCUCCAAAUAUGCUUCACAGCUAUGCAGAAGAACUUCAGAGAAAAUUAGAAAUCAUCUACUUCACCUACUCUACUCCAAAAGAGACCAACUCAGGAAGGAAAUCACCAUAUACUACAACAACUUAAAAGACAGAAAUCCAUUCAUGUUCCCUGACAAUAUACAGUGGAUACAAAGAAACUACGAAAAACUUUCUACAGCAUUCAUCCUACAUAAAAAGAAGAAAUGGAACAAAUUACUCCAAGAACAAGCUCCCCAGGCACAAAACAACCAUCAGAGGAACAACACCAACACCUUACGACCUUCCAACCUCAGACUUGAUGAAACUGAAAGCAGCAACCAACCCACAAAUAUUAUCAAUCUCUCCACACACACGCUUACCAAAACUGAAAAAUCUGUCCUUUCUAAAGGCCUAAAUUUCUGUCCAGAAAAAUACCCUAACAAAAUACUUCAAUGUGGAGAACUAGAAGAAUUUUUCCAGCGCCUGUGCCUCAAAGAAUAUUUCCACGACCAAAUUGAACCCACUCCCAACAACAACUCAUCCUCUGACAACAUUCAGGAAAGGAUCAAUGCCAAAAAGCCCCAAAAAACAUCAGAUUGGACACCUCACAGUGGACGAAACCCUAAACUUGACCGCUACAUUGACUGCUUCAGGGAAAGAAUGAACAAUGAAAUAAUCAGCAACACACGCCACCACAACAACCUCUCUCUACCAGAGAAAAAGGCCAUAGAAUGUCUAAGAUCCAACCACCAAAUAGUAAUAAAACCAGCAGAUAAAGGAGGAGCCAUAGUCAUCCUAAACCGUGAGGAUUACAUAAAGGAAGCCAACAGACAGCUCUCUGACACCACCUACUACAAAGAACUACAAGAAGAUCCUACUCCCCUUUUCACCAAAAAAACUCAACAAUAUCAUCAAAUCAUUUCCAUCAAGACUACAAGAAAAACUACAGACCUUGAUCCCCCCGCUACCUAACCCAGGGACUUUUACAUGCUCCCUAAAAUCCACAAACAAGGGAACCCUGGCAGACCUAUCAUAUCCAACCAUGGGACCCUAACUGAGGAAAUAUCAGGUUUCGUUGAAUCAAUCCUAAAACCGCUUGUCACCCACAAAGCAAGUUUUGUACAAGACACUAUAGACUUUCUACGGAAACUUAAAAACAUAGACCACCUUCCCAGCAACACACUCCUAGCCACCAUGGACGUUACCAGCCUAUAUACCAAUAUCCCACACCAGGAUGGCAUCCAAGCCUGCCUUACAUAUCUACAGGAACAAGAUUACAACUCAGAAUACAGACCCAAAGAUAUUACUGACCUUAUACACUUCAUCCUCACACACAACUAUUUCACUUUUAAUAAUCAACAGUUCCUCCAGAUGAUGGGAACAGCUAUGGGCACUAAAAUGGCCCCACAGUAUGCCAACCUUUUUAUGAGUCACCUGGAAGAAGACUUCCUCAAGAACUGCACCAUCAAACCCUUGCUAUACUUAAGAUACAUCGAUGACAUCUUCAUCAUUUGGACUGAGAACCUGCAAUCUCUGAUUGAGUUCCAUCAGAAAUUCAACAGUCACCAUCCCUCCAUCCGACUUUCUUUAGAAUACUCCAGCACCAACAUCUCCUUUUUAGACACAAUGAUCAGUAUCCAGAAGGGUAAAAUACAGACCACAGUAUACAAGAAACCCACAGACCAACAUACAUAUCUGCACAGAACCAGCAAUCACCCGAAACACACCAAAAAAGCUGUGAUAUACAGCCAAGCCCUCAGAUACCACCACAUUUGUACUGAAGAGAACACCCAGGAUUGCCACCUCACCAAUCUUAAAAAGGCUUUCACCCAGCAAGGACACUCGUCCAGAGAGGUAAAUUGCACGUUUGAAAGAGCCACCUGGAUACCACGUGAAGAACUGCUGCAGUACAGAAGAAAACCCCCCACAAAUCGCACACCGCUGGUUAUGACGUAUCACCCCUCCCUUGAACCUGUGGAGACCAGCACUACAGAACAGGUUACGAAACGCCUAGACACAGGAGGAGGGGUGGAUGUUGUAUACUUAGACUUCAGGAAGGCCUUCGAUACGGUAUCCCACCCCAUACUGGUGAACAAGUUAAGAGGCUGUGACAUGGAUGACUGCACAGUCCGAGCAUGGAAGUUGGACAAUACAAAUUGAAACUUUCAAGAUAUUUGAAAAAUACACAGGCAAACAACAUAUAAAACAUCAGAAAACCAGGAAAUACACAAGGAAGGUACACAACACACACUCAACGAUUCCAAACGCCCGGAGAUGAGGAUGCCAAGAUUCACCGUGUGAGUAUGUUUUCCCAUUUGAAA